GUCGUGGAGGAGACAGGUGAGCCAGGCGGCGGCCGCGACGCUCAGCUGUUACUGUUGUUGAGGUGGCCGCUGCUAGUUCCUCGUGCCGCAAGGAAACAGUAGUCCCCGAGACUGUCACGGAGGUAACCACCAUGGCUGCUCAACCACUCAUCUCUGUCGACUUUGAAGUGUUCGGCAUUGUGCAGGGUGUCUUCUUUCGGAAGUACACUCAAGACCAGGGGAUCAAGUUAGGUGUACGCGGCUGGUGCAUGAAUACAUACCAUGGUACAGUGAUGGGGCAGGUGGAGGGACCUCGGGAGAUGGUUAUGCUAAUGAAAAAUUGGCUGCAGAAAACUGGAAGCCCAAGUUCUCGAAUUGAUAAGGUGGAGUUCAAAAAUGAGAAGGAAAUACAAGAGUACACAUUCAAGCAUUUUUCUGUCAAACACUAGAAUCUGAUGUUUUUAACUGUAAAAGUUGAAUAUCUUUCUGAACUGGAAACAUCUCAUUUACUGGAAUUUUGUAGUGGCACUAUCACAAUAUUUUAAAAUCCUUGAGGAUAUGCUAGGUCAAAUAUUAUGUUUAUGUUUCUUAUAUAGGCUGUGGAGUUCACAUGCUUCUAUAUAUCUGCACGUCAUAAUGUUAUAAUAUGAAUUGAAUAGAAUCUUAUAGCUAUUAGCUCAGUGUUUUAUGUCCUCAGGAUUCACUAUAUCAUAUAUGUGCAGUACAGUACUGUACUGUUUGGAAUAUUUGGCAUGUGAUAUCUUGUCCAUUAUAUUCCAAACUCGUGUACUGUACUGUUUACAUAUCUUGCUGUGCAUGGGAUAAUCCCAUACCUGUAGAAUGCUAUUCAUGUCAGAUAUAACUUAUGGACAAUGUUGGAAGCAAAGCUUUAAUGUAAAUAGUUAUUUAUUUCAUUAGAUUUGCUUAAAACAUAAUGCAAAUACAGUAAGUGUAAAAAAAAAAAUAUGCUCACAAAUUACACCUACAGCUAUAUUUUACUAAAGGAAUUGUAUUACGGUAUUGUCUUAAGAUAUCAAAUACUCUACUGUAAUUGAUGUCUGUAACUUAAAAAAAAAAAAUGGAUACAAUUAUUUUUUGGUAUACAGUGUAUUUUGAUCCCAAUAAAGAGUACUGUAUGCUUGUAUCUUAGUUGAUUAAGCUUCAUCAGUAGUGUAUACAGACACCAGCAUAUAGUAAUUAGGAUUAGAGGAUCUUGGAAAAGGCUCAAAGCACUAUCAGGAUGUGUAUUUGUGCUGUCUUCAUAAGCUGCACACAUAUACCAGUUUGAUUUGAAAUUAAAGCUUAAAUUUUUCUUUUAUAAACUUUUGGAUUGUUUUAGUAUUAAUCCAAUUCAGAAUACUGUACAGUAUUUGCACUAUUGUUCAUGUGAAGAGGUGUGAUUUCUGUUCCUCAUUGUUAUAUACUUUUUCUUUAAACUUGGUUUCAUGUGUGGAAGUCUUCGGAAUUAGUCAAGACAUCUACGUGUAAGCCAACUACUGUACUCUUAAGAAAUUCUGUCAUAAACUCAUUGAAACCAGGUUCCAUCUCUCAAAAGAAGUUCAGAACUUACAUUCUCUCUAAAAUAUAGAUCAUUACGUAGCCCUUAUCAUUUGUUUGUAUUUAUUAUUAUUAUUAUUCCUAAACUGCUAGUUUAUUUAAGAUUUUUAUCAGAUAUUUUUCUGUACAGUUUAAGUCUGUAUAUCCACAGGGAACCAUUCCUGAGGUCUUACAGAAUGGCUGUUUUAAGAAUACGUAUAUGGAAGUUCCCCUUUGUUUACUAAACGAACUUACAGAAAAUAUGAAUAUACUGUACACUGAGCAUGCCAGUUUUAGAACCAAGGAUAAAGUGUAAGAGCAAAAAUUUUCCGUAAAUAAAAUGAAAAGAUGAACAAAUUUGAUAAGCCAGCAUGGUAACAACCUGCCAUGCUAUAGCUUAGUUAAUCAUGAGAGGUGGAACAGAAGCUGUAAUUAUUCAGUCAUAUUUAUGACAAAAAUGGUGAAAACAUGUUUGAAUUUCAAAUGUUCAGGUAAUCAAUUACAAAUACAGUGCUGUACUGUAAUUGUCAUGAAAUCAAGUAAGGUAUUUUGGAUUUGCAAAGUUUGUUUGUGUAGGCCUUCAAAUAUGCAAUCAUCUGGUGUAUAUAUAUAUAUACUGUAUGUCAUUUUGUUUGAAAUGGUCAGCAAAAUUCAGGUUAGAAAUUCUAAGAAUAAUAUUAAGGAAGAUAUAAAAUAUUUAUAGCUUUAUGUAACAAUACUAGUUCAUUCUAGUGACCAGAUAUUUAAAUUUGGUAUUUCAAGUUCAGUUUUACAAUCCUGAAUUUGCAAAAGAUUAAUAACUAAGUAGAUAGUAGAAUACAAAUAUUUUUUUCCUUAGUAUUCAUAGAUAGUCCAAUACUGUAACCUCUUUAAUAACAAACAGUUCACAACCACAUUAAUAAACAAAGACGUGGUAUUCUGGGUAAUAUUGAGAAAGUAUAUUGUUGUAAGAUAUAUAUAAAUUAAAUUUAGAUAUUGGUUAUUCUGUUCAAUUAAUAUUAGGGUAGCUACAUGUAAGAAAUAACCCCCUUAAUUUAGUUAGUUUGCAUAAUAUGGCUACAGUUAAAAAAUAAGAAUGAUUAAAAUUUGUGUUAUGAGUCAUUCUUCAUAUUGCAAGAUGUGUUAACACUAAUGCCUCAACUCUCCAAUACCGCAUCAUAACUGAUGAUCCACUCAUACUCUUCUCCUCAGUCUGAAAGCAUUUGCAUUACUUUGCAAUAUUUUUCCUUUACCUAUGUAAAGUAUAUUAUCUAUCACUAUCCUUUUAUGAUAAAAAAAAAGAUGUUCUGUAGAGAAUCAACUACUGUUCUGAACUUUUUAUUGGAAUUAUUACCUGAAGGAGAACCUCUCAAUCAUUUCAGUGUUUAACCCCUCCAAUGAAUAUGAUAAUCCUAGACAUACCAUUACAUGUUGAAAAAAAAACUACUGUAUUCUUAAAUAAUGUCAGAUUAUGUAAAAACCCUUAAAAUAUUCAUUAGUUUUGUUGUGCUUACACAUUUAAACAGCCCUCACAGUGUUUCAGUGUCAUAAUUAUUAGGUAACAUAGAGUGGCUCUUGAGACAACUGGGUGUUAAUGCCAUCCUUUCGCAGAAUAUUUUUUUUUUAUUCACUUAACAUUCAGAUACACUGUAUUACAUAUACUGUACUGUACUGACACUGUAUUACAUAUACUGUACUGUACUGACACUGUAUUACAUAUACUGUACUGCACUGUGAUACUUAAUACUUAACAAUACAGUACCGGUAGUCCUUUGCCAACCGCGGGCUCUUGAAAAAUCAUGUGGUUGGUAUUUCCACAGUUGGCAAGAUUAAAAGCUUAAGGGAUUAGGUUCCACAGUCACCGAUAACACUCGCCAAAGCCUAACUAAGUUGCCUGUUCCUUCGCAAAACAAUACCUGUAUUACACAUUUCAUUAAAUUUGAGUCAAAUACAUAUAAAACAGCAUAAUAUAAAUUAAAUAGUAAUAUAAAUUUAACAGUAUAAGGGGUAUUUACCUUCAUAGAGAAUGAUGGUGGAUGAGGAUGACAUGCCCAUAUCGUAGCCACCCGUUAGUCUUUCGAGCACUUCCACUUUCUUUUCUAGAGUCAUUACAUUCCUUGCCCCUCUUCACUUUCUUCUCACCUUUAUCACUAACACUCAAUGCAUGCUUAGGGGCUGUAGUUAAAGGCAAAAUCAUUGUUAUUAUGGUAGAAAAUACAUAAUAAAUAUCCAGUGUAUGGAGCAGUAAAAUAUGUCUACACUGUACGAGAUCACAACACUGAGACAGCACUGGCGGGAGGCUGGACAUUGAGCGAAUGAAUACAUUAGAACACGAAGGGAAAAUGACGCCGUGCUAAACCAUGGAUACUCAAAAUUCAACGCCAUGCUUGAAAUGGUAUCGAGCAAAAACCCUGGAUACUCAAAAUCCGCAGAUGGAAAAUUCGCCAUUAGCGAGGGACUAUUGUAUACUGUAUAUACAUUACCGUAUUUGUGGUAUUUUCACAAACACUUUUUAGAGUAGGAAAGUUAUGUAUGGUAGCAGCUGGUCUUGUGUUUUGGUUUAUUUUUAUCUAUCUUACUAAUAUUCAUAUGUGUAUUCACUCACUCCAUGCACAUAUCAAUAUACAGUGUUCUCAGGUCUGGAAACAUUAUUUUCUCCAUAUCCGAGACAAUAACUGCUGUCUGUCCAUUACUGGACUCCCAAGCUUAGGCCUGGAUUGCCACUUAUUCAAUUUUCAUAUUUAUUGUAUACAUUGUUUCCAAGAACCUGCAAUUAGAAGGAGUUUGAAUUACUGUUCAAUGUAGAUUUGACACACCUCAUUUUGGCUGUCCACAUGUAUGGGAGUUAAUGACAAAAAAAUACAUGAAUUCCUUAUUUCCAUGAAAUUUGCUAUUUUCUCCAUCUCUUAACAAAGAAAACUGAACUUUAUUUGGAUAGAAGUGGUAAUACAGAUUAUAUUAUGAAAUUCUUAAUAUGCACAGUGUUUGUUUCUUCUGUUUCAUAGUACAAGCUAUCAAAUACAGAAUUAACAUUAACAUAAUAUUUUGAUAAUAGAUGUUUGAUUCACUGUCAAAUGAAUAUUGGCCAACCUGUAUCAUGUAGACUAAAUUAUUAGUCAGAAAUGGUAAUUUUGAAAACUGAAGUACAUUAAACCCUUUCACUACAGUACACCUAUACCAAACAACCGACCAGUCACGGCAGCAUUCAUCCCCUCUUUUAACUUAUCUAAUAAUUCAACUUUCUUUGUCAGGGCCAUCACUGACUUCUGCCUUUUACAUUUCACUCCAACAGUAUCACUAGCACUGACACUAGGCAGUCUUUUAGACUACAGUUUUGAGAGAACAACAUAAGAUGCUGCAUCACAGGCAAUGGUUGAGCGCAAACAGAGGGAGAGGAGACACUGCGGGCGCACGGGGCGACUCAUUGUGUUGCGGGAAAAGGCCCACAAGCUUGCUACCAUCUGCUUACCGCUAAUCAUCAAAAUUGCGAAAUGCAAACCCGCAAAUGGCAAGGGUCUACUGUAUUGGGAGGAAGUGUCCUAUACAUAGUAUCUCAAACCAACUAAUUUAUGUUUCAGAGAACAGUAAUGACAUACAGUACUAUACUGUAAAGGUUCUCUAAAUAAAGCAAACAACAAGGCUAUGCUUAAGGUACAGUACCUACGUAGGAGAAUUAGCACCAUGUGGGUUCGGUGAAAAUCCUAGUUGGCAACUUUUUUUUACUUGGCCUUGACCCAUUACUCAUCUGGCUUCCAGAAUACAUAAGCAUUGUUAUGAGAUCGUUUUUCUGAUACACAUUUACAUUAAGAAAUGUAAUAAAGUGGAUUUUUUUUAUAUAUAUUCAAUAUACUGUACAGUAUUUGUAUUAUAAAAUACUGUACUGUAUCCAAAAAUUACUUUACGAAUUAUACAGUAUACUAUGAAAACGAUCAAAUUUGAGGAUUUUUCCGACAAUGGAAAAUUAAGAUUGUAUUAAAAGGAAAGUGUAAAAUUCAGGAAUUAAAGCAGUAAAAAUAAAAGAGUCAAACAAAAGUCUAAAGGCAUUAAAAUUAUAUUUUCUUGAUCACUUUCAGAAUCGAGCAUUCACAGUAGACCAAUUGGAUGGAACAAGGUGAUGUAUCCAUAGCUUACCGGUAGUCAAUCAGCACGCUGAACGAGUCCCUAAUGAGUAAUUAAUUUUUUUUAUUCGGUAAUAAUCUGGCUCCAAUUGCAAUAAAAAAAAAAUCUACACUAUCUUUUAUGCCUAUGUACAGUAUCUCAAAAAUGUAUCUGCUAGGAUGGGUCUGAUGACUUCCGAAAUGCUACAUGUAACUCGUAAUGUCCCAAGAGGGUGGUUAUGGGUGCCUCUGUGGCAUACUGAUCUUCCUACAUUUGGUAACCGAACAUCAUAUUAAUUAUGCCAAAAUAAAUACACAUUGCAUUACAGUAAGUCCUCGCUUAACGUCGUGGUUCCGUUCCUGAAAACCGCGAUGUAAACGGAAACAACGUUAAUGGAAUCAAAUUUCCCCGUAAGAAAUAGAUAAAAUACGGGAGUUACGUUCCCCAGCCUUCCUUUGCCCCAUAAAAUACAUUACAUAUCCAUAAAUUUGAUGGAAUUUUUAAAGAAAAUGGUUUAUAUAAAAAACUAAAUCAUUUUGUAUUGUACUCACUGAUGGGCGGAGGUGGAGCGAGUAUGUGGUGGGUAGUGAAGAGGAGGGUGGUGAGUCACCGAGACCCAGAGGGUGGCUCCUCCUCCCGCUCUGACUAGGUGAGAGAGGGUGAUGCGCCAUACAAACUAGUCCGUGACGAGGUUAUACCGAAUCAGCGGGACGUCUGAAUCAUUGGUAUCUAAAGAGUAGCGACAUUAUAACGAAACAACGUUGUCAUGGGCAACGUUAAACGAAGACUUACUGAACUUGUGUUAAACUAUACAGUAUACCAAAGUAAAUGCAUUUCCCAAUAUCUGUCAUCUGUGGUCUCAUAAUGUUUCACACAUUGUGUGGACAGAUACUUUUUUAGACACUGUUCUUGGUUAUGCAUGCAUAGUCAUUUGCAGACAACAUUUUAGAUUGUAGAAAAAUUACAAGACAAUAAUUUCUACUCUUGAACAAUAUAUAGACAUCAAAAAUUGACAUCUGAAGGUUGUAGAUGUUCAUGUGAAACUGUGUACAGUACUAUCAUAUUUAUCAGGAACUUAAAAGACACCGGCCUUCAUGUUAAUCUACAGCAUCUACCCAAGUAGUAAGUGCUCUAGAUUUAUGUACAGUACAUCUGACUACAAGUAAAAUUAGGACAGUACUGUACAGCAUUACCCAAAUCCGAAAUCUUUGAUAAAGAAAUUACAAUCUCCUAAUCGGCAUCAGCAGUUUGUCUCUCAUUAUCAAAGCAUCUUUAUAAAUGUUCUGAGAUUUUCUUCUUGUAACAUUAUUUGCCUAAAAUCUUAUCAAACUUAUUAUUGAAAUAAGUAGUAAAAUUUAUUAUGGAAAUUUGUCAGUUCACUACAGCAACAUAAUAGUUUUUACUUGUACAAUACAGUACUGUACUACAUUUAUAGAGUUGAAGUUGGUAUGGUAAUACAAUAUACUUCCUUACAUUAAUAAUGUAGAAAAUAAUUCACUGUAAAGUUACAGUACAAUAUAUGUACUGUACCUAUAUUUAAAAUUGUUCAUCAUUAUGAUUAUGGUAUGAACUGUAAUUGUUUCAUGUUGAAGGGGAUUUUAAUUUUAAGGUUCAUAAUCCAUGACUAUUGUUUUAGUGAUACUGCAGAGGUAUUUGCCCUCAAAGGAAGUUAUAUAUGUACUGUAUACCCAGUAACCAAAAAGCAUGAUUCUGACCUAAUGUAUACAGUACUUACCUAGUAUGUUUUUAAUGCAGUAGCUUCAUUCAUUUACUUGAACUCUUGUUUUUGUUUUUUUUAUUCUAGAUACUAUACAGGGUGAUUCUCAGUUGUGUACAGUAAAUUCCAGAGUGAAUUCUAAGCCAAAUGUCCAUAUGACAAAAUGAUGUAAUCUAGGUACAGCAGUUGAAAAAGAUAUUGACAUAAUGGUUGGAGAGAAACAACCAUAGAUAUUUGUGUAAGUUUAUUCACAUAACCACACAAUGUGAUACAGAAGCAGAGGGUGGGAAUUUUGAACAUAUACUGCUAUAACACAGUAGGUAGUAUGCAGCUAUCAAACAGGGAGGUACUACCACCUGGGAAGAUAUUGGAAGCAUAAUGUGUUGUUUAAUGGUAGACCCUGCUGCCAUAUGGCAUCACGAAAAUUGUGACCCAAGCCCCAGGUUGCUGAUCUGACUUUCUGCCACAUUUACACGCAAUUUUUUACUUUGAGAACAUAACACACAUACCGGGUACCGUAUAUCGUUUCUCACUUUUGAUCUUUUUUUUUUCUUUUUUUUUCUUUAUUAUUAUUAUUAUUAUUAUUACCAUCAUCAUCAUCAUCAGUGUUGUUAUUAUUACAGUAUUAUUGUUAUUAUUAUUAUUUUUUUUUAUAAAUUUUAUUACUAUGAACUAAUUAUUAUUAUUACAUUUUCGUCCCCCCAGGCCCGGAUGUGGGUCAGUGACCUGUGCCCGGGUGGGCUAAUCCCCGUAAAAAAAUAAAUAAAUAAAUAAAUAAAUAUCAGUUAUGUGCAUGAAAUGAGACAAACAUCUAUGGUCGUUUCAAUCCAACCUCACUAUCAUUACAUUUUUAAUCUCUUUUUUUUUCAACUGCUGUACCUAAAAAACUAUGCAGAUUCCAAUAUUUUGUCAUAUCGACAUUUAACUUAGAAUUGUACCAAGAAUUCACCUUGUACUGUAUGUCUCUUUCAGGAAUACAGUACAGUAUUUAGUGGUUUCAGUGGAAUCUGCUGUGACAACUUUUAUGAUGACAAAUGGAAUGAACAUAUUUUCACGCACAGGAAAUUAUUAUGAUAAGCAUGUUAACUUUUUUUCUAUCAACAUGGUCAUGGCAGCACAUUGGCCAAAAGAUCACUGUUGAAUGCUUUGACAUUUUAUUUUAUUAAAUCCAGGUUCAUGCUUUGCUGUAACCUGAGAUCAACUGAUAGGUGUACUCCGGGACAUGAAAUGAAACUAACAUGCAGAGUUCAUAUGGUUUCCUUUUGAUAUAUGUUUAACAUAUUUAUCAGUAUUAUCAAGAGUUAGGAAACAAUUAUUGUAUUCCCAUUAUUUUUCUUUACCAGAAGGGGAAGUAGUUGUAAGUGAUUUGUACCAAUUUUGUGUUAUUGUCACAACUAAGGCCCUCAGAUUUAUAUUAUAGGCAUACUCUGAGCUGGUCACAGUUAUAUCAGAACGUUUUAGACUACAGGUAUCCAAUUGCUUUUCCAUGUAGGGGAAUUUUUUUCCUCUUUCACUGGCAAUUGGCUCAACUAGUGGAGGAUAUAUAAUUAUCUUUUAAUCGGCAAAAGAUAAAAGAGGCAGGGUAUAUUCUGUAUAGUUUAUUUGUUGCAUUUUUUUUUUUGACAACUUUGAUGUGACAUUAAUCCUAAGUGUUUUAUGUGCUACCUCUAUUGUAAUGUAACUCAUUUCACUGUACUGUGAUUGCUCAAAUUGCUAAAAAGUAACUGUGGGAAAACUUGUGUCUUCAGUUACUAUUGAAAGUUUGAUCCCCAACUGUGAUAUUUUGUGCUUGGACAUCAGAUUAUGUCUACAUCCUUGUCAUUUUUCAAAUUUAAACAUUUAUUGUAAUGGAGGAAAAGAAUAAAAUCAUAAUCAUCA